AUGGCUCCGCCUGAUAUUCCCAGCCUGCAGCAAAUUCUCUUCUUCACCUUUUUUGACAAUUGCGUCCUGAUCGCAGGGUUCACAACUUUGACGUAUGACUAUAUUUGCACCAUAAAAAAAGAGGUGACCUACGCGUGGUCAUGCCCAUGGUCACUUGGCCUGGUUUUCUUCUACCUAAAUCGUUAUCUUGCAUUCAUUGACCAAUCCAUUUUGCUGUACAUCAAAUUUGGGGUCGAUUGUCCCAAGACCUGCGUUAGACUGUACGGCAUUGCAUUGGCUACAAUGUCUCUUGGGUUGUUAUCUUGUCAAGCGAUUAUCGGCCUGAGAACCUGUGGAAUGUGGGGAGGACAACGAUGGAUAAUGGUAGUGCUAGGGAUCGUAUUAUCAAUAUCCGUAAUUUUUGCAAUAUGCAUAACGGUCCUGGAAAUAAAAUCGGUAACUGUCGAGGCGACCCCUCUGGGAUAUUUCAUGGUGGAGUCUACGACUCUUAGUCUUUUAGUAUUCAUAUUCAUUCUCCUAGUGGAGUCAGUGAUUGGGGCGUUAACGAUUGUCAGAGCGUGUUAUUAUUGUAAGUCUUCAGUACUCAGUUUCCGCUUCCGCUACAUCCAAAUUGCCUUUCAUUUCCAGUCAAACAAUCUAGAUCUCAAUGGGCACGACAACUUUUUAGCAGUGGUAGGUACCUUCGGUACCAUCAAGUCAGAUGGCGUAUCCCUUACCCUACUUCGACAGGGAUUUUUUAUUGCCUUUGCAUCGUUUGUAAGCACCUCGCCGAAUAUGAAGUCUACCCGCUUCGGUUAUGAAUCUUUUUCCUUAUCAGCACUGAGUCUCGUGAAUGUUCUGCUAUUAUGCAUCCCAUCCGCUGGGCCUUUCCGUAUGGGCAUCUUUUGGUACGAAAAUCUACAACCUGUUCGUCCUUCCCGUGGCUCAUUAGCAAGGGAUAGUCCAACACGAGUCUUUCACUCUAUCUUCGGGAAUAGAGUAAUGCUUUUGAUUCUCCAGCAACGAUAUCGCGAACUGCAAAGAUCCCAAAAUUUGCAUAGGAGUACUACGUCGCCUGGUUUUCUGACAACAGUGGGAUUCGAUUGGGAGUGGGAUACUGUCCCAAGAGACAGCAUUGAGCUUGGUCAGCGGCCUGAGGAGAGGGAGGAGGAAGAGGAUUUUGCUGAAUUAAGCUCAGACUGA